AUGGCUCCCGAAAUUCUAGUGGAAGAGCUUCGUGGGACCAAUGCCUCACUGGAAGAUCUCAAGAAAAUGGAUAUAUGGGCAAUGGGGAUGACUUUGUACACUCUCAUUAAUCCCGACCAGCCCUAUCCAUUUAGCUUGGAAUCUAAAGAGGAAAAUAUGAGAGGUCAAGACCUCUACAAGAACCUUGUGGCUUCAAAGCUGAGGGUCGGGCACCGGCCUCGUCCUUCACCAAAAUUCGAAUUCUUGCAGAGGACCAAGUUGGCAAAUUUGUAUCGGAUAUACAAACAGUUCACCUUGCAAGACCCAUAUGCAAGGCCCUCCGCUGAAACAUUGAAGCAAGCUUUUUUCAUUGUUGACGACGUGGAGUUUAUGUCUCUCGGAGUAAGCCAAGCUACCCCACAAGAGAACCCUGAUCGCAUCAUAGCAUCAGCACUGACCCGUGGAGAAAAUGUGGCACUUGGCACAACCCCGGCAAACGACGGUACAAAUGCCUGUACCUUCUUAGCUUUGGGGAUUGCUUCCGACGUACAGAAGAAAGGGCCCGAAUUUGUAUGGCAGGACGUACCUUUAUUAGCUGUGAAGUACAUCAAUAUUACUUUGGAAGUGAUCAAUGACAUCCGAGAACACGACCGUACGUAUGACACUUUGGAAGCAAUGGUAGUGAUGAAAAAGGCUGGUCUUCUCCCCCCGUCCUUGGAAAUAUUCGAAGAAACACCAUCCGGUAGUCCUGCCAAUUCGGACAGGGGUGUUGAGGAGUUAGAGAAAGGUCUUCUAUUUGGUUCCACCCAAUCGGAUUCGGAGUGUUAUUGGGUGUACACGUGUGUCCCGUAUUCAUUUCUAAUAGGGUUUAGGAGGGACUGCUUCUUUGUGGUGGACACUCACCCACAGGCAGAUGGUAAUGGUGUACUUGCUGUAUUCGGAGAGAGUGGGAUGUUGGAACGCAAAGAAAUCGUCAGGAACGUGUGUGGUUGGAUUGUAGAUCGUGUUGGAGAAGCAGGCAAGAACCAUGGCCAAUCCCUAUCGCGCAUAGACGGAUUCAACUACAAAGCACCAGUGCCCAUUGAAAAUGACAAGAAUGAGCCAGCAAGGAAGAUAUGUAGGACUGAAAAGGAUUGCAAAGGCCUUCAUAGUGACAUUGCUGCUGAUGCAAACAAUGGUUCGAGGCGAGGCAAUGCUGAUCACCGAGCAAGUCAUGGUCUUCAUAGUGACAUUUCUGCUGAUGCAAACAAUGGUUCGAGGCGAGGCAAUGCAGAUCACCGAGCAAGUCAUGAUGGCGAUGCCCCAGAUGGCAUUGAUGACUUUUCCAGCUUUGCAAGCCGAGGGCCUAAGCACUGCAUUGAUGGCUUCAUAGAUUCAGCUGAAGAUGGCGAUGCCUCAGAUGGCAUUGAAGACUUUUCCAGCGUUGCAAGUGGAGGGCCUCAGCACUGCUGUGAUGACUACAGAGAUUCUGAAGGUUUGCCUGCAAGUAACAUGCCACAUGGUCAUUUGUAUCGUGACUCCAGCUGCAAGUUUCAGGACAUGGCCACUGAAGACAAUGAUUCAGAUGGCGAAGAAGUAUGCGACAUAAGUGCCUCGCUGACUGCAGCCGAACAUUUCUAUAAAAACGACCCGAAUAUACCAUUUCUUCAUGUUGGGAAGACUGACCGGUACAUACUGCAAGAAGUUGUCGAUAUCCUGAUGACUCCUGGUAACUCUUCCUGCUCUAAAGUCCCGUUAAAAGUGAACAGGAACUACUCCUUCCUCAUUGAUUUGACAAAGUUGAAAGAAAAAGGAGAUGUCAAGUCGGAUAUGAAUGGAACUUACAACAAUCCACUCCGAGUGGGAGUAUGGACAAUCCAGAUCAGGAACCACGAUAAUCAAUAUGAUGCUGAAGUCAUAGGCAAAAAAGAGGUUCCCUUGAACAAUGAUGAUGAAUAUCAUUUGCGUAUAAAUUCUCGUAGAAACAGUGCUGGUCUCUGUCGUUCCAUUUUUCAUCUGGAGCGUAAGGAUGGUAGCAUUGUAAGAAAUAUGUCCUUAUUGCAAUACCAUAUUGCCCUGAAAGGUGUCACAGGUCAAUUUUGAAGUUCCUUCACACGGUAACAGAAAAUACGGUAGGGUGCCCUUCUAUCCGACACAACAAAGCAUAUUAAAGGAAAUGAGGGAAAAACUUCAAAACGGUUCUUCUUCAGCACAUGUGUAUGGUCAGAUGAAUGCCAAUGGUGGGCCACUGGUGGCUCGACAGCCUGGUGAGCUGCCUAGAUCACGCCAACAGGUGUACCAGAUGAGGUCAAGUUCCAGUAAAGUUGAUGAAACAGAGGAACUUCUGCAGUAUGCGAGAUUGAAGGAGGAGAGCAUCAUUGUUGGCCACGAAGACGUACUGUUAUCGGGUCAACCACCCCAUGAAAUUUGGGUGAUUGGGAGAACCCAACAAUCCAUCGACCUAGGCCGAUUUUGUUCAUACCCUGUAACUGUUGACCCAACCUUCAACUUUGGUAAAUAUGAGGUUACUCCCUUCACAUAUCGCCACCUUCUUCUUCAACAUAAGCGAACAGGGGUUCACCCAAUCUUUCUUGGACCAACUGCCAUACACGAAAAUAAAGAAACAGUGACAUACUAUAAAAUAAUACAACAUGUUACUUGUGCGAGUCCAGGUUUCAAGCAAAAUGCAAAAGGAUUUGUUACUGAUGGAGAAAUUGCACUGAGCAAUGCUCUUGCAAACAGUUUGCCGGGGUCAGUUGGUUUAAGGUGCUCCAGGCACUUCUUCUCCAACUGUGUACUUAAGUUAAAUUCGUUAGGUAUCAGGAGCAGAUGUGAACAAAAGUGUUUCCUCCAAAUGGUGUUUGGAGAAGAUUAUCGUAGUGGUGGACUCAUUGAUGAGGAAAAUUCGGUGACUUUGGACAAUCGACUGACUCUUGUGAAGGCUGCAAUGGAUGAAGAAGAAAGAAAGGUCCUUAGUAAACCAGAUGGUUACCAGUCUAAGUUUUUUUUGUACCUGAAGAGGAACCAGAAAGUUAUUUCAAACCAUAUGUUGAUGGAUGCUAGGAAGAAAGCCGGGAUGCCACUCAUGUCAGAAGGGAUACCAAAGCGCCCUAAUACCAAUCAGUCGGAGAGCACCAACAACAAGCUGGCCAGAAAGAAAGAGACAGUGAUUCAGAGAGAGAAGAAGAAGGAAAAUGUUUCGAAGUUGGUUCUUGUGCGAGACGUAAUCGAAGCCCUCUAUGAUGAACAGGGUAAUGAGGUCAUACUAGCUCUAACUAAGUCCAGCGCUGAAUACGAACUGACCCCAGAAGCUGAAUAUCUUGCUAUGGACCACAAUCUCUGGUACAAUGACUGGGAUGAGACGCAAAGAAAGAAUUACGUGGAACAAUUCAAUAAGAUGACAGUUAAUGAUGUAGAAAACCAAAAGGUGAUCAAAGUGUGCAAAAAGUCAUAUGUACCUGUUCCACUUGGGAAAAUCACUCUUUCGGAAGAUAUAGAAUUGCUACUUGCAAACAUGUCCACUUUGAAUAUCACUUUACUGAAGGCCAUUAGGGUAGAGGCAGAAAAGAUUUUGAAUACUCCAGAUGCACUCACUAAGAUGCCAAGCUUAAAAUGUUCUGCAAGAAGGAAGUACCUUGUUGCUUCUAAUGUGACAAAACGAAAGAUGUUUGAGUGUACCGUGUACAAGAACUAUGUGGGAUGUCAGUGUGGGAAUUAUAGAUAUAACAAAGUAUGUAAGCAUAGUCUCUGCGUAGCUCACGUCAGUAACAUGUUGAGACAGCAUCUGGAUCACAUUGUCAAAACAGAGUGCAAGACUAAACCAUCACGAGGAAAUUUGCUGAAUGAAGUGAGAGACGCUGCUGGCAAAAAAGGAGGUCAUCACAGAAACCCCUGGCGGCAAAAUCGAUGUGCUGAAAUUGGGCCCAACAGCGACUGUGUCCACCACAAUGACUUACCGCUCAUUGUUUUAUUUCUGAAGGAUGAACCAAGGGCACUGACCUGCAAACAGUGCUCCCAAGAGUUUAAUCGAAUGGCAUCAUCACCGUAUGACAUUGUUUUGUCUCAUCGUGAAAGAUGGUCCUAUCCAAAACCAGGUGAUCCAUCUGUCAGGCUGCCAUCUGCUCUCUACACCACAAAGUACUAUUGUGUUGAGCAAAAUUGUGUGAUAGCAAGAUUUCCAUACUUCCAAGCAUCAAAGCAUCUGUUCAUUUCAGCAGAAGUGCAUCGUAAGCUAGAUGCUUUCCAUGAGGAGCACUUGGAAGCAGUUGGCUACAAUGCAGCGCAAUUGUACCACUAGGCAUAUAUGACUUCACACUUAAGUCUGAAGCCACACUGGUCACGGACUACAUGUAGUCUCAGAUUGUGUUUUCCGAGAAAAGAUGUGAAGGCAACACAACAGAUGUACCGUACGGUGUGUAUCAAAAAUAGCUACAUCCAACUUUGAUGUGCAGUGUCUAAAAAAAUAUCUCUGAAUUAGGGGGAAAAACAAACUGAGCAAGAGAAAAGCAAGAGAAUGCUGAUUGAUCAAUUGGGUAUGACUGCAAUUUUCACAGUUGGCUGAAUAUCAAUGUUUCAUUUUUCAUGGUUUGAUAUUUUAGAAUUGGAUUAUUCCCUGGUUAAAUCAAAUUACAGCACUGCCGCCCCCCCCCCCCCCCACACACACACACACCUUAGUUUUAUACAGUGCACAACCUGCAUCGUCUCUCAAUAUCACAAAAUCGUUGAAAAAUCUGCAGCCAAGGCUAUCCCUGUAUUUUCUUUAUCUUGUUAAUACAUGCAUUGGGGAAUUUUUCCAGAUAUGUCACCAAAGUUGGGUUUACUUAUUUUUAACACAAGUACGCCCUGUUGUAUAGACUUGAGCAUAUUUGAUAAUAUUUCUUACUUUCCAAAUGGACAGAAGGGUCCUUCCAGAGUGCUUGUUUAAUGUUAGAUGAGUUGCCACAAUCCACUACCUCAAGGCCAUGGCUUGUGUUUUUGUUCCUUGAACAUCAUAAAUAUUUUGAAAUGUUGCCCAAAUAAGCUGCUCUGCAGUCACAUUUUCUCAGAUUUCAUCCUUUAGACAUAAUGGAUCGCCAAUUAUGUUUCUGCACCGCAAAAUGGCCCUUGCACAGCUUAAUUAAAAGCCCGUUAACAUUGUUGAUUUGUAUUAACUAUAUGUAGAUAAUGCCAACUGUUAGUUGAUUUAAAGUCAACUUCAAGAGCUCCAAAGAAUUCUAAUUUGUGGCUGGAAUCAUCAUUUCUUGUUUAAUUGGCGAAUUGUUUCAAAUCGUGUUCUUAAUUGAUGUACCCGGUAGUUCUGAACAUUGUUAUGCUUAAAGGUAAAUGGUAGAAGUGUACAUACUGUGAAGAUUCUGUUUAGCCGAUCUUGUUCUGUCUGUUAAACAUAGACUUGAUUACACGUAAUAGAAGCAUUUUGUGAAGGUCCCGGCUGCUACAGGACUGGUGCCCUUGAACGGGCUUAA